CCUUUGUAGCCACUUUGAAAAAGAACUCUUCCUUCUUUCUUCUCUACUUCUUACACAAGCUACUUCUUUCCUUCCCCUUUCCUCUAUCCAUUCUAUCUUCUCUCUCUAUUCUUGCUACACGUUUCUAGUUUCUACAACUCUCUAUCCAUUCUUCAACAACGGCAUUCACCAGAUGGCUACAUCAAGAACAGCACCCAUGAACAUCCCUCCAUCUCAUCCCACCAACCCAUCCUUGUCAUCCUCCACUUCCUCAUUGAUGCUGUCUUCCCCCCCAUCUUUAACUUUUGGCGAGAGUCUAGCUGAUUCUGGCUAUGAGUCAUCCUGGCCUUCUCUUUCCGAGGCUGCUGCCUGGACCCCACUCUCUCUGCAAAAACGUCCAAUCAGUCUGUCGAAACCACUAUCCUCAACAGCUUACAAUUCUCUUAAUAGCAUCAACAUCAAUAGAACUGCAGCUUCACCAGGUGGCAUUGAAUACGUCCCGUCCAAUUCUUUCGGUAAGAAUGGCGGGAAUGGUUGGAACCAUCAGCCAAUACAGAAAAGACAGGGGCAAGAUCAAGUCCAGAAAGCGGCUCGUCAGAGCAAGAACCGCCGAAGAAAUCAACGAACACAGGCAUACCAAGCCAAGGGGUUAAUGCAGCUUCAGCAGCAUAUGGUGAUGCCCUUAGUUGACUUUGGUUCACCACAGAUGGAGGAUGACGACCAUUAUUUUGGUGCAAUAGAUCCCCCCAUCCCUCUCAGUGUCAUACCCCGCGGAUGGCUUUAUGAAGAAGAACAUGCCCCACCACCAGCUGAUGAUAUUUUGAUUACAUUACCAAAGCGAGAGUGGAUCUAUGAUUCCAGUGGCCCUAUGUCAAUGGACGCAAAAUCAUUUGUGCUUAUGUCCUGGAACGUUCUCUCACCCAAAUUAUGCCAUGCUUCAAGGCUGGAUGCGAAUUGUGAGCCUGUCUUCCUGGAUUGGGAUUAUCGCAAAGAGGCCAUUUUGAAUCAGAUUGCAUUUGCAGAUGCAGAUAUUGUGUGUUUGCAGGAACUUGAGUUAAAGGACCAUGAUGAGUACUUCAAGCCUCGCCUGUCUCGUCUCGGCUUCCGAUCUAUUCAUGCUUACAAAAUGAAUAUGCAUGAAAUGCGGGAUGGAUGUGCGAUUUUUUAUCGUGACAGUCGUUUUCGACUUUUAACCGAAAAUGUGUUACGUUUCAAUCAAGUUGAGCUUGAUGAAGACGAUGUGAAGAGGCCCUCCAUGGCUCGUGAUACGGCCAUUCGAUUUAACUUGUUUCACAAUCUGGCCAUUGUGGCACUAUUUGAGAACAAAAGGACCAAACGUCAGGUUCAGGUGGCUACCACUCACCUUUUGGCCGACCCUGCAUUUCCUGAUGCCAAAAUGCUUCAAACAGCUAUUUUAACAUCAAAGUUAGAAGAGCUCAAAGCCCAAGCUAUGGUUCAACUGUCACCACCAGUAACAGAAGGAGAACUACUAAGCUCUUGUGAAGUAGCAUCAGAAGCCGCACCAGUACCAACACCAGCAUCGUCUCAUAACAUCCAUCGUUGUCCGCACCAUCAACAUCGACAUCAGCAUCCUCAGCAGCACAUCCCCACAAUUCUCGCAGGAGACUUCAACUCGCUUCCGGACAGCUCUGUCGUCGAAUUCUUGAAAACUGGCAAGGUUGAAACGCGCCACUUUGGUGGCAACGAUUUUGGACGAUUUACAAGGGCAGACAAUAAAUACUUUUAUCAUCAUUUGGAACUGGCUGACAGUUACAAAUUGUCUACUUUACCCUUCACAAAUGCGACACGCAAAUUUCAAGGAACGAUAGAUUAUUUGCUCUAUGAUCCAACUUCACUUGGUCUAAUCGGAUUCCUGGAUCAUUUAGCGACGGACCCAUCAUUGGACUUACAAUCAGGACAACCGGCUCUGGUAGCAUCAUUACCAUCAUCAACCACAUAUAAAACUUCCUCUGCCACUGCUGCAGAUGUUAGCGUAAAUAUGAGUUCUUCGGAUUUGGAUUCGGAAAUCGAAGUGGAGAUACCCUCGUCAGCGGCUUCAUCAGCCUCAGCAUCAUCUACAGCACCCAUCAACACAUCAGCUGGAGCUAGGGCAAGCAAUAACAGAAGACAUAGCAUAGAGAAAAAAAUCCUGCUCGAUUUUUCAAAACUAUUCAUCUCUAAUAACUUGGAGUCUUCAAAAGCAACAGCCUCAGCUUCAACUCCUGACACCAAUGCCUCGAAAGUUGUUCGAAAUGAGGAAGCAGGAACGAAUGUACGAGCGGCACUCCCGACAGCUCUGCCAAAUCAACACUUCCCAUCAGAUCAUAUUCCAUUGGUAGCAAUUUUUCGGGAACGAGAGUAUAUACCCUUAUGCACUCAAACUUAACUUCCUUAUUAUUUAAUUAUUUUAUUAUGCUGUACGCUAUUGUAAUAUUAUCCCUUGUACUGUAC